CCUACGCUUACCAUGGACGGGUUCGAUUUCCUGCAAGGAUUGACUCCAGAAGAGCUUCGUAGUAUCGCUGACGAUAUUUGGAAAGUCGAAGAGAGCGGCGGCUCGGGCUACACAGAGGCUGCGAACUACUCAUUGGAUGAACUCCUAGAGGAUCUUUCGUCAGAUAACGCUCGGCCUGGGAUUCUUGGAAACCCGUUACACGAACUGUCUACGCCACUGUCGAGGACAGGCAUGUCGGCCAAAGUAGAACCCGACAUGGCGGCCCGACGCCCGGGUUCUGCGGAUGAUGCUUGGCCAGCAAACCAGAAGGAGUUGAUCCUCUCUCCAGCCUCCCCUCAAGCUCAGUCACGUUCCUCGCUAGCUAUGUCGAGGAUCUACUCUAUUGAGACAUUACCUCAGUACAAGCCAGCACCAUUGCUAGCGAUUUCAGAGACCUCGGUCAGCUUCCAGGAAGUUCCACAGCCUCCUCCUUCUACGACGUCUCUUGUGGAGCCUAAAGAGACUGUCCCUAUUGUGCCAACCACAUCGCUAAACAUCGAGCUCGAACCUAUGGAAGCCACACCAGUGCUACCCAUAUCUACUCAUGAUGCAGCUGUCAAGCCCACACCACUUCCUGUGGAGAUUGACGACUCUAUGGACUCUACCGUGGAAGACAAAAGCCGGAUUUAUGACGAGCCAUCGAGAGAAAGCGAAAACUCCACGCCGAAACAUAAGGCUGGCUCGAGACGGAUUGCUCGAGCUCCCCAGACCGUCCAAGACCACUCGAACACCGUUUCCCGUUCGACUUCACCUAGGCAACCUCAUGUCAAUAGAAGCGGAACAAGCUCAAGGACUAUCGACUACGAAGAACUUGAAAGAAUUACCGCCGCAGCCAAGAUCCCUAAGCCUUCUGACGAAGCGUCCGCAGACAACUCAACGGGUAUACAAGAGACGUCUCCAAGGCUCCCUAAGAGCACAUCGUUUACCAAGAGCGUGCUAAGUGCAACUGAUCCUGGCUCAUCUAAGGCAACAAUGCCUGACUCGGAAAAAGUACGCAGCCAUUCGCCAGGAUCUUCAGGAACUGAUCGCCCCGGUGAUAGCCAAAAAACUGCAAUCAUAGUCGAGGACCUACCAGACAACGACCAUGGGGAGACAGCCCAGCAAGAUCCGGAUGAUCAUCGAGAUCUGAUGGAGCUCGCCAUUCUGGACGACGAUCGGGCUCCUACAGAAAAGCACGAACAGCCGAUAUCUAAUUAUCGACGGCCCAACAGUAGUCAUAGACGCAGGUCAAGACGCACACGCUCAUUACCCUCGCGCCCAGGCCUUGUUCAAUGGAAGGGCCCCGUCGACAGCAGGCUAGAAAAUAUUGACAAUUUGUGGCUAGUCCUGCAAAAUGAAUGGAUCUCCUUACGCGAAGACACUAAAGACUACACAGGCCCUUUCAUGGCCAGCUUUGACAAGAAGAUUAGCAGCGCUGCAGAUAAGUUCUCAUUGGGGAGGGCCUGCGCCUCUGAUGUGCGCAAAUUGCAAAAAUCAUGGACCCUUGCUUACACUGUAUCUCUUCCGCAACUUGAGAACAAAGAACACGUCAAGCAAAUGGAGCACUUCACGUUAGCAAUGAGCAAGCUCGGGAAGGCAUCAAGAGGACUGCGGGAAGAAUAUUUUAGGAUCAGCGCUGACAUGGAGAGAGAUGAUGGGGAUGACAUGGACUGGACCCCAGGCAACAGUCACAGCUGAAGGCGCUCAUUCGUCUACGAUCCCCAGUCAUAAUCCGUCAUCAGCAACACCGUUUCAGAACAUGACAUUUGCCAGGCUGGAUAAAAGAGUGUCGUAGACUGCGAAUUACUCCAGCUGGCGCAAGAGUUUGUGGUGAAGGUACCAAAGCUCGAGUUCAGUCCUGAUGAGAUCAUGUCGCUUUUGUUGGCGAACAAGCAAUCACCCCGCCAAGCUAUUGCUAGUGUGGGUAAGUGGAUGGAGAGAACCAGAGAGGAAAGGUUGAAUUUGGCUAUGAAAAAACCAUGGGCGCUCGGUGAGAGUGAUGUAUUUUUAGAUCAUUGAUGUUGUUUGCACAGGUUUUCCGCAUAUGUUUAAGUCGAGCGGAUCUUUCUCUUCCUCGCACCCUUUCUCGUCUUCCGG